GGCCACCUGCAGUACAGGGUUCCCCCCAGAACGGCCAACCCCCACCCUGCAUGAACCCUGCCUUGAUGAACGCUCCUUGGCAGUACCACUACCAGGAAGACGACUCGCCCCCUCUCGACCAGGGAUUUCCGCGGCUCACCAACGAGGUGCGCGCCCCUGAGCUGGUGCACGUGUCGGAGAAGAACCUGUCUGAGAUUGAGAAUGUGCACGGCUACGUGUCUCAUUCCCACAUCUCUCCUCUCAAGGCCAGCCCCGCCCCGGUCAUCGUCAACACAGACACUUUGGAGUCUGCUCCUUACGUCAAUGGAACAGAAAUUGAAUAUGAAUUUGAGGAAAUCACUCUAGAGCGGGGUAACUCUGGGUUGGGCUUCAGCAUUGCCGGAGGGACAGAUAACCCCCACAUCGGCGACGACCCCGGCAUCUUCAUCACUAAGAUCAUCCCGGGGGGAGCUGCAGCAGAGGAUGGACGCCUCAGAGUAAACGACUGCAUCCUGCGGGUGAACGAUGCCGACGUGUCUGAGGUGUGCCACAGCAAGGCGGUGGAGGCUCUGAAGGUGGCAGGCUCCAUCGUGAGGCUGUAUGUGCGGCGCCGCAGGCCGAUGCUGGAGACCAUCAUCGAGAUCAAACUCAUCAAAGGGCCCAAAGGGCUUGGCUUCAGUAUUGCAGGUGGCGUUGGAAACCAGCACAUCCCAGGAGACAACAGCAUUUAUGUCACCAAGAUCAUUGAUGGCGGUGCAGCUCAGAAGGACUGCAGACUACAAGUAGGGGACAGGCUGUUAAUGGUGAAUAACUACAGUCUGGAGGAAGUAUCUCAUGAAGAAGCUGUGGCCAUUUUGAAGAACACGUCGGACGUGGUCUACCUAAAGGUGGGAAAGCCCACCAAUGUCUACCUGUCAGAUCCCUAUGGGCCUCCUGAUAUCACACACUCAUUCUCUCCAGCCAUGGAAAGUCAUAUCUCCUCCCCCAUCAACAGUGGCACUCUGGAGUACAAGUCUGGCCUCCCCCCCAUCUCCCCUGGGAGUUAUUCCCCCCUCCCUAGGCACUUACUUGGGGAAGAGGAUAUAAACAGAAAUGCCUCGCUAGAUGACGGCGAGGGUCACAGGUUUGAUUCCCAGCACUUCCAGUUAAGGCCUCCUGAGCCAGUUUACAGCACUGUGAACAAACUAUGUGACAAAGCACCCUCCCCCCGACACUAUUCCCCAGUGGAGUGCGACAAAAGCCUCCUCCACUCCAGCCUCCUCCACUCCGCCCCCCUCCCAUAUCAGUUAAGCCUGUUCCCUGACUCGGACAUCACCAGGGAACCCAGGAAGGUUGUGCUGCACAAAGGCUCCACAGGCCUGGGCUUCAACAUUGUGGGCGGAGAAGACGGCGAGGGCAUCUUUGUGUCCUUCAUCCUGGCCGGAGGGCCUGCUGACCUGAGCGGAGAGCUGAGGAGAGGGGACCAGAUCUUAUCGGUCAAUGGGAUUGACCUCCGAGGAGCCACUCAUGAACAAGCAGCAGCGGCUCUGAAAGGGGCGGGGCAGGUGGUCACCAUCUUCGCCCAGUACAGACCAGAAGAGUACGGACGUUUUGAGGCCAAAAUCCAUGACCUGCGGGAACAGAUGAUGAACCACAGCAUGAGCUCUGGGUCAGGGUCUCUGCGGACCAAUCAAAAGAGGUCGCUUCAUGUGAGGGCACUGUUUGACUAUGAGAAGUCAAAGGACAGCGGCCUCCCCAGCCAGGGGCUCAGCUUCAAGUAUGGGGACAUCCUCCAUGUCAUCAACGCCUCCGAUGAUGAGUGGUGGCAGGCCCGCCGGGUCACCCCACAUGGAGACAGUGAGGAAAUGGGUGUCAUCCCCAGCAAGAGACGGGUGGAAAGGAAAGAGCGAGCGCGGCUAAAGACGGUGAAGUUCAACGCCAAGCCAGGCUCAUUUGAUUCCAAAGGGGACAUCCUGGGGAUAGGUGAUGAUGGGUAUGGGACAAAGACAUUCAGGAGUCAAGAGGAUGUGAUUCUCUCAUAUGAACCUGUGAUCCGGCAAGAAAUUAAUUAUGCCAGACCCGUCAUCAUCCUGGGACCGAUGAAGGACAGAAUCAACGAUGACCUGAUUUCAGAAUUCCCGGACAAGUUUGGAUCUUGUGUUCCACAUACCACUCGGCCGAAGAGGGACUACGAGGUGGACGGCAGAGACUACCACUUUGUGAUGUCCAGAGAGCAGAUGGAGAAGGACAUCCAGGAGCACAAGUUCAUCGAGGCGGGGCAGUACAACGAUAAUCUGUACGGGACCAGCGUCCAGUCUGUCAAAUAUGUGGCUGAAAGGGGUAAACACUGCAUUCUGGAUGUAUCUGGAAACGCCAUCAAGCGACUACAAGUAGCACAACUCUAUCCCAUCGCCAUCUUCAUAAAACCUAAGUCUAUUGAUACAUUAAUGGACAUGAACAAGAGACUGACAGAGGACCAGGCCAGGAAGACGUUUGACAGAGCUUUGAAGCUGGAGCAGGAGUUUGGUGAAUUCUUCACAGCCCUGGUUCAAGGAGACACCUUAGAGGACAUUUAUAACCACUGCAAACAGGUCAUAGAAGAACAUUCAGGACCCUAUAUCUGGAUCCCCUCAAAGGAGAAACUAUAAUAACUCCUCAGCCUGGAAUGGAGUCUGGACUGUUAGGAUUUAGUAAUAAGUUGUAACAUAUGAUAACUUCAUGGCGAUGAAUUGUCUUCAUAAAUUAUUAUUGUGUAUAUGUUACAUGUUCUAUUUUUGUUUUUUCACUCAUUUUUGUUUAUUGCUUCAUUUUUCACUCAACUUGAAUGUUCCUGAAUGUAUUCCACAAAUUGUUUUGUCUUGAAAUAUGAACCGUUAACAUAUUUCUUGAGUUUUAUUUAAACUAAAAGUAAGGAAUAAAUAUGGUCCUUUGUCCACAUCAGCACUGUGUGGAAAUGCAGACAAGAAGUUGGAGCUGGCACAGUGCACAUGUCAGGGCUUGGAUCAUAUAGAACAAAGUGUUCCCACACCCCCUCCACACUGCAGCAACUAGCAAAUAAUAAUCAUAUAUAGUUUGAUGUUUUUUCUCUGAUUUGCAUCUAUGAAGACAGCUUUACUUUGUGUGUGUUUACAUUGUUGUUUCUUCUUUGAAUGACUGUAUUUAUUUCUCUGACAUGACAUUGAGUAUGAGAGAGGAACAUGUUUUAUUCACUGUAAGACUUUCAUGUUUUUUUAUUUAGAAGCCUACAAUACUCACCACGCUGUUGCAUUGACAAUGCUUAAAGGGAGGAAGCUACUUUGGCACCUGAGAUCUAACACUAUAUUUUGCUACUUAAAUUGCUCGGGGCACAAAAGCACACAAUGAUUUAUUGUUGAAAAUAUAACUUUGAUUAAAAGGUCAUUCAAAGAGCA